CAUGGGGCAACUCAGGUCCACGCUUUUCCGGCACACCUGCAGAAAACAUUGGGGCCGAAGAACUUCGUGGACUGGCAGACCCGAGAACCCGGGGCAACAGUACCACACUCACCUGGACCUUCCGCUCCUGCCUACCCAGCGAGUCCUCGAGGCACAUUCUUGAGGCACACUCUGGGAUUGCAGGGAGGAGUUCAGAUGUCUCAGUCUUCACACCUUCCUGCUGUGCAGGAACUUCCCCAGGGUAAAGAAGCUUGCGGAUGCUCAGGAGCGGCAAGAUAUCCCGUGUCUCGUUGGGGCGAAGAGAUCCUGAAGUCCUCUGUCCGUUAGUGCUGGUGCGGGAGAGCCUUUGCUGGCGAAUACCUGGCCUGGAGAUGUGGGAGGGGCCUGAGGAGUAUCCUAGUCAAUCAGGGCAAAGGUGGGUGUAAUGCAAGAUAGUUUGGGCCAGGGUAGUUAGCAGUCCUGUCCAAGGCGACGCCUAGGGAAAUAGGGGAUGGGUUUCGAGAGGCAGAAUCGGGCUUGCACCUACCCCAGCUUCUUGCGCCCGGCCCCAGCACCCCGCACCCUGCCCUUGUGUGGGGAUGGAGGACGACGCUGCUCUUCGCCAGGGUCAGCAUUGGGCUCGGACUCUGAGAGCGGGAAGCGGUCAAUGGACCAGUCAGUGUUGUCUUUGAAGAUCUUCGAGCCCAGGGUCAUGCAGGGUGCAGCUUGAUGCUCACUGAGGACCUGAAAGGCCAUCAGGGUGUGUGGUUAACUCUAACCCAGUCAGGUCGGCUCCUCAGCUCCUUAGCUAGGAUCAGCACUGACCUGGCCUUGAGGGUUGACUAGUACUGUCACACAGCCUCGACUGGAUUGGAAGUACAAGGGGUCCUGGCCCGAGGACACUGGCAGCUGCUUCUUGGUCCUGCUGGUUCCUUCGCCCCAUACCUAGGAAAAGGCUGGGUGGUAAGUGAGGAACAGUGUAGGCUGGGGCAAGACAAUUUGAGCUGGCAGGCAGCAAGGGUUCACCGUGAUAUGGUGCUGUGGGGCUAGCAGAGUACCAGGCGGGAAUCGGUACAUGCACACAGGGAAGUCCCUCACAAGCUGCUUCAGAACAAAGCCACCCAGGUCGACAGUCUCUGCCUGAGACUGGUUGAGGAUACGGAUGAACUUCUCUCGGUGGCUGACGGCAGCGAUCUUCAAGGAGCAGCCAAGUAGGCUGGACAGAAAGGAAUGCUGGGUAAGGAAGAGGGGCCCUAUCCACCCAGAAAGCCCACCCACCACGCAGUCCUCCCUGAUUUUUUUUCUGGUGUGCUCAUGGCUGGGCAGCUCUCACUUCAACUGGGGCCUUGCGUACUGGUGGUGAAGGUCUGUACAGGACUCCAGAACAGUCUUGCUAAACGACGCUGAGCCGCUCUUAUGGGGAUCUAGAAAAAGAAGUCCUUUAGGGGAAGGAGAACACAAUAAAGAGUCCAGUGGGGCAGUUCCCCAGGAGGCCCGACCAGGGGUCUGCAUAACAGGGAAACAGCAGCAGGGUUCAGAUCCUGGGCAGAAGCAGCUGGACCUUGGGGGCUGAAGAACCUGAGUAGGACUUUGGGCAGAGGUGAGAGGUUGCUCAAGGGCGAAAGGGAGAUGCACCCAACUCCACCUUCCAUGUGUCCACUGAAGCUCCUAGUGCACUCCUGAAUCUGCUCAGAAGCAGCUAAGUCUGUUCCCUGGGCCGGGUGGCCCGACACCUUCUUUGUUCCAGAAUGCCGAACUAUCUGGUAGCUGUUAGAGUCAGAGUCGGUCCCCCCUGAGCUGCUGGAGUCUACCAAAGGCAAGGCGCUCCACUCCAGGAUUUUUCCAGGCUUCUCCAUAGACUUGAUGGCACACUCCGAGUCCCAGGUAUCCAUAUCGUAGGACGGGUGGGGCUGGAGCAGCCUGGGACCAUGAUAUGUUCACUGGCUGCUUUGGCUCCUAAACCCAGGACCCAUGCCCCCAACCCCAGUUUGCCUCCCCAAGGCAAUGGGUACCCUGGUUUGUGUUCCAGGAUCUCCAGAGUCAGACCCAGCUUAUGGUAAAUUAAUGAAGGGAAUGAUGACCUUGGAGCUCCUCCCCUUGUCUUGAACCCAUUCCACAUAUUACAUAUCAGAGCUGAGGCUUGAAAGGGUUACAUGACUUGUCUGGGAACACUUAAGGAUACAAUGGGAACUGGUCCACUUCUGUCAAGCCAAAUCUUCCCUUCCCCUGACCCCUGGGAACUCCCUGUUCAAUGCAGUUACUUUUGUUCUGAGUGGAAACUCAUGUUGGAGAAGAGGUUGGGAUAUCGUUGGGCAACGCUGUUCCAAUCUACAUCCUCCAAUCGGAAACCCUAGCAGGAAAAAAAGAGGUAUGUGCCUCCCCGACCUUGCAGGGCUUGAGAGACCUUAUCAUACACAUGGAAUGCCUCCUGUGGUAGCCUUGCUCACCUCCGUGCCAGAGGGAACCUCAACAUAAUCAGAGGAGUCAGUAGGGUCUCUUAGAACCUCUGCAGUAACCACCUGAAAGAAGGAAACACAGGGGGCUGGAGAGAUGGCUCAGAGGUUCGGAGUGCUGGCUGCUCUUCCAGAGGACCCAGGUUCAAUUCCCAGCAUCCACAUGGAAGCUCACAAUUGUCUACAACUCCAGUUCCAGAGGAUCCAGCACCCUCACACAGGCAUAUAUGUAGGCAAAACACCAAUGCACAAAAAAUAAAAAUACAUAAUUAAAAAAAAAAGAAGAAGGAACCACAGACUAGCUGGCAGGGAACUUGAGGGAGGACACCUUUCCCCAACAGGGCCUCUCACUUUUGACUUUAACAGCACUUUAUGUGAACUAGAUGAGGAGGAUGCUGGUCAUAUGAUUCCUUCUUGUGGAAACAUCCCAAGGAAGACAAGGUUUCUCAAGCAUGCUGGCUGCCCAAGGAGUGUUGUGGGGGAGUGGGGUUGUCUGAAAGGUAUUGGGCCAGGGGCACAAACUCACCUCUACACUGCCAGUCUGAGACCGAAUCACGCGUCCCACCCAAGAGGAACGGGCCAGCUGUAGAAGGCAUGAUUUCUCGAAGGUCUGCAGCUCGGCCUCCAUCUGCUGCAUUGUACGGAGGUUCUGGCGAAGUUUCUCCUCCAACUGCUCUUUCUCCUGAUCAAGAAUGCCUGCCAGUGAGAGAGGCCUCCAGCAGCCCCUCCUUUCAGACCAACCUUAGGUGGGUAGCUACUGCCUGCCGAGGCAUUGCCCUGUUCCCUGAUCCCAUGCCCUCACCAGCUGAGCGUGUUCCUUCUGGGCUUUCAGCUCCAGUGUAAGCUUCUGGACCUGGUUCUGCAGGAAUUUGUCUUGGCUUUUGGAGUGCCUGGUAGGAGGGGCAAUCUCAGCCCUUCUGGAUCAGGCCAGGAUUCCUGAGAGUAGGUCAGCAGUAAAGGAUGCCCCACAGCCACCAAAGCCUGAAGGCACACAUUAUUGCAGGCCAGGGCAGAAUAAAUCCUAACAGGUCUGGGCAGAGGUCUACAUGCUCAGGGGUAGGGUUACAUUUCCAACACAGUAACUUAUUCAAAAGUAUGUUGGGGAGUCAAAUCAUGCAAAGACUACAGAUAGCAGCAGUCAGGUCGAGGGCUCGGGGUAGAGGUUGGCGUCAGACAGAAACAGCAGAGUAGGACCUGAGUUGGGCUGGGGGUUUCGCCACUGACCGCUCAGGGGGAAUCCCUGCCACCUCCUGCAGGAUGUGGUAGUAUCGGGCAUUCUGGCUAUUCUGGACAGCCCACCGAAGUGCCUGGAUCUCUAGUUCUCUCUGUUCCCAUAACAGCCUCAGGGUACGUGGGUCCAGGGUUUCAGGGGCUAACCUGUAAUUCCAGUUCCAUGUGGUUUGAUCAGGGCUGGGUCUUUGGCUGACCCAACCCAGGAGGCUGCCCCAUCCCCUGCCUCCUUACUGCUGCUUGAAAGAGCAGCCUACUGGUAUGGAUGCGCAGUAGGGCUUACUGCUCUGGGAACGCGAAGGAGCCACUGUGUCCAUAGGUGUGCCAACUGGGGACUCUAAGUCACUGCUGUCUGGCUUUACACCUGCUGGAGCUGGGGACACCUGCUCAUCUUCAGACUCCUGGCAAGACUUAGGGGCCAUGCUCGAUGUUGGUCAGGAGCUGGAAAGGAAGGAGGCUAGGACAGCAGGUCACCUCCCAGGAAGCACGUCCCAAGUAUGUACAUAUAUUCCCUGAUGUCUCCUCUUUGUCCCCCUAAAGCUCAGCCUAGAGCUAAGAUCAGAGGUGCUAAGCUUUUGCCUAUAACCCUUAUUCAUGUGCUCCAAACCAGAAACUCACCCCCACACUCACCUGAGGCCUAAACCCACAGAAGGCCUAGAGAGGGAAGUGUUCUAUACUGUUGCCAUGGAUUUCUGCACCUGGGGGGAGGGUGUCUUGUUACCAGGAGCCUCCAGGGAGACGCAGGGCCAUGAGUGCAUUCUGUGCCAGUGAGGUUUAGAUAUAUUCCUAAGAAAGCAGGGAUGGAGAGGCCUAGCCUACGGGGCUGGUGAAGGAAGGGCGAAUGUUGCGCUCGGGUACAUGUCAGAGUGGCAGGGCUCCAGUCAGGAUCCCUCUCGGUGGGCGGAGACCAGUCACACUGAAAGUCUGUUGAGGAAGUCCGCUCUGGAGCUGGGAACACACCUGGGCUAACCAGCCCAGAGCGAACGCAGCUGCCGACGCGCUUCCGCGUUGAUCACCGGCGGACAGGGAUGGUCUUGGAGCUUGUGGUCAUGGAGCUGAAGGUGUGGGUGGAUGGCAUCCAGCGGGUGGUCUGUGGGGUCUCAGAACAGACCACCUGCCAAGAAGUGGUCAUCGCGCUAGCCCAAGCUAUAGGCCAGACAGGCCGCUUUGUCCUUGUGCAGCGUCUUAGGGAGAAGGAACGGCAGCUGCUGCCACAGGAGUGUCCAGUAGGAGCCCAGGCCACCUGUGGACAGUUUGCCAGUGAUGUCCAGUUUGUCCUGAGGCGGACAGGGCCCAGCUUGUCUGGAAGGCCCUCCUCUGACAACUGUCCACCCCCGGAACGAUGCCCAGUUCGGGCCAGCCUCCCCCCAAAGCCAUGGGCAGCACCAGGCCGUGAGCCACACAAAGCACUGACCUUCAACCUAGGAUGUCCCAAGCUGGUCCCCAACCCCUCGAUCCCUGAGCCUACAGCUCUGGUAGGACCCACGCCAGACUGCUUUGCAGACCUGCAGGGCCUAGAACUCAGGAUACAGAGGAAUGCUGAGGAGUUGGGCCAUGAGGCCUUCUGGGAGCAGGAGCUGCGAAGAGAACAAGCCAGGGAGCGUGAGGGACAGGCACGCCUCCAAGCACUGAGUGCAGCUACUGCCGAGCAUGCUGCCCGGCUGGAGGCCCUGGAUGCCCAAGCCUGUGCCCUGGAGGCAGAGCUUCGUCUGGCUGCUGAGGCCCCUGGCCCUCCUUCAGCUACCGCAUCUGCUACUGAACGCCUACGCCAGGACCUGGCCAUCCAGGAGCGCCAUAGUAUGGAGAUGCAAGGCACCUUGGCCCUGGUGAGCCGGGCUCUGGAGGCUGCCGAGCAUGCUCUGCAGGCUCAGGCUCAGGAGCUGGAGGAGCUGAACAGGGAACUGCGACAGUGCAACCUGCAACAGUUCAUCCAGCAGACAGGGGCUGCAUUGCCACCACCUCCUUCCCAGCUGGACAGAAGCAUCCCCGGCACACAGGACCUUCUGCCUCCAGCCAGAGAAGAGCCCCCAGGGAGUCCCCCAGAGCCAUAUCCUAGUGACCAGCCUGAGUCCCGAGGUUCCCCCCAUGAGGCAGAGCUCCUGGAGGUAGCAGUUCCUGCUCAAGUAGAGGACACUGAGGACAGAUGAGCCAGCACAGCUGGAAUGAGCCACCUGGACAAUGGGAGAGUAUGAUCACAGGAUUCUUUCCCUAAAGUGGGGAAAACUAUAAUGUCCCGGGGUUUCUGCUUCGGGGGCGGGAGUGCUAGUGACAUGUUGUCCUAGUCUUCUUCAAGUCUCCCAAGUCCCCUGAAGAAGCAAUGGGCACAGUUCAGAACUUACCAGGCCCCAAAGGCCACUACUUAUCGGAGGAGUGAGAAGUGUGGACAAUGCAUUCAUCCUGUGGGUAUGUGUGCCUGCUGUUCACUCCACAGAAUGUGUGCUGCCUUCCUUGCCCUGACAAACCUUAAUAAACUACCUUUCAAAGGUG